CCAUGGAGAAUAUCCAUGAACUACAACAUCCGCUCCUGGGAAACCCCGCUAGCAAAACUCUCCUCCCAGGAGGGAUGCUCAGCUGGGCAAGUCCUCAGCACCCCUCUGGAUUGCUGUCCCACCACGUGCCAUCCAAUCUCUCCUGGCUCUCCCCCGGCACCGGUCUUCUUCCCAACCAGCUCCUGAAUUCCCGCAGCCUGUCCAGGACCCCCGUCCCCUCCUCCAACCUUCCCGAAUCGAAGCUCUAUCCGGAGCUGUGGAGAUGCAGCAACCCCCAAAACUGGAGGAAGAAAGAUUAUAUCGAAACUGCCUUUGGAGAGGGCAAAGUGGCGGGAGAGCUGCCACGCAAGAUCGCCCUCGAGACGGAUAUUCACACGGUCUGCUACGAGGUGGGGGACAUGGAGCUGCCCGAGGUGGAGAACGAUUCCUCGAGCGACAGUGACACCGAGAGCGAAAACAGCUUCUCAAUGUUGCAGCCUCAGGAUUAUCUGGGCCUGGCGGUUUUCUCCAUGCUGUGCUGCUUCUGGCCACUAGGCAUCGCUGCCUUCUACCUGUCGCAAAAGACCAACAAAGCUUCAGCCAUGGGCGAUUAUCCCAGAGCGUGGACCGCCUCCCGUCAAACAUUUGCCCUGGCGGUCUUGUCCAUCAUCCUUGGCAUUUGCACCUACAUCGGCGCCGUGGUGGCCCUCAUCGCCUAUCUCUCCAACAAGGCCCCCACCUAGACUUUCUCCUCCUACACCCCCCCCAACGAGCCACUCGUCGCCCUGUUCCUCGCCUCCCCAUGGAGUACGCAAGGGAGCGGGGUGACCGAAGGCAGACCUUACCACAUGAAGACCUAUUCCCAUACCCUGGUCUUGAGAAGAGAGAAGCCAACCCAACUGGGUUGCAUUCAGACGGACAAUUUCAUGGACCCCAGAGGAAAACGGUGGCAGGUUCACUUGCAAGAAGCCGAAAAAUGGGCCAAGGAAGCUUCGCAGAAACUUGGAAAAAAGUAGCUGAGGUUUAACCUUCUGGGACUUCUCUAGUUGAGAGGCAUCAACCCAGUCCUUGGAGCUUUGAGAAGAGACUGUCCAGCCAAGGAGAACUCAAGGGACUUUGAGGAAGCAGGUUGAGCACUAAUCUGGAGGGAAGGCAUCAGCUUAGAGAUGUUUCCUUUCCUUGCCUGGACCCCUUUCGAAGCCCCCCCAUUAUCUCUGCCCCUCGGUCAUGCCUCCUUUUCUACAG